AUGGCUCGACGUCUUUAUGUGGUCCGACAUGCUGAAAGGGAAGAUAAUGUUAAUCAUAAUUGGAGAAAAAAAUACCCGGGGUUCACAGAAGAUAACACUCCUCUGAGCGAUCGUGGAAGAAGUCAAGCCAAUGAACUCAAGGAGUUGUAAGUUUCUUUUUGUUGCAUCGAAAAUAUUAUAGCUUUCGUGAUAUCGAGAUCUCAAAUAUUUAUGUUUCCCCAUUCGAUCGGACGAUGGAGACAGCCACGAUAUUGUUGGACGGGCAUGAAAAUAAAAUCAACGUGGAACCGGGAAUUUGCGAGGUAAAUUUAUUAUAUGAGUUUAUUUCUUAUCUUAUUGUUAGGCUUUAUAUCUAUGCGAAAAACCCGCUGGCUUCUGGGGAGUAGAGAAGCUAAAGGAGAAGUUUACAAGGGUAGAUCUCGCAUAUUGUCCCGCCUUCUCACAUCCAAUGCCCGAAGAAGGUUGUGGGGAUUCGGCUUGUACUCCCAGGGUCAGGAAAACAAUAGAACAUAUACUAGACCUCAAUCCUGGCUCAGGUAAAUUGAAAUUCUAUGCUCAAGUAAUGGAUCCAUUUGUAGGAAAUAUAGUGUUGGUUGGGCACGGUGCAUCGAUUGGCGGUGUCCAUUCAGCUUUAGGACACGGCUUCCAAUACGUUGGACAAGCUACCGUAUCCAUAUUUGAUGAGACGGCGCCGAAUUCAAGGAAGUUUAAACUGGUUGAGAGCAGUGGGGCCUCUCAUCUUUCGCCCUCUAACCGAAAAAAUCUAAGAGCUUAUUAG